AACACCGGGAUCACACUCUCUCACCGGGUGGUGUGUUGACUUCAUACACUCCCUUUCUCACCGGGAGGUGUCUUCAUUAGAAAGCCGUCCGACCUCGAAACAAACGUACUAGAACGGCCGAAUCCGCUUAACGACAAAACAUGAAUAAAGGCAUCCUUUUGAAGGCUUGUGUGUGUGUGUAUGUGUUUUUCUCUGUGGCCCUCCUCUGUGAAGCCCUGCCCACUCCUCCACCGGGCACCAAUCCAAACGGGGCUGUACUGAUGCGCCAACGCUCCUGCCCUGAAGGCCUGUACCCGUCAGCGAGCCUGUGCUGCCUCAACUGCCCCGCUGGCGAACACCAGGUCUCCCCGUGCUCCAGCGACCGGGGGAGCAGUGUGUGCUCGGAGUGUCCCAUGGGGACGUUCACGGAGCACAGCAACCACCUGCGCACCUGUCUCACCUGCACCCGGUGCCCCCCAGACCAGGAAGAGGUGCAGCCCUGCUCCCCCACCAACAACACGGUGUGCAGGUGUAAGCCCGGGUCCUUCUGCGCCCACGACCAGGCCUGCGAGGUGUGUCAGCGGUGCAGGAGCUGUAACGACGGAGAGACGCGGGUGAAGAGCUGCACUGCCCACUCCAACAGCGAAUGCGCCAAGACCUCGACGCCCGGGACCCCAACGGAGGGUAGGUCUCCUGAUUCAGGCUCAGCCCCCCUGGCGCUCUGGAUUCUAGGCCUACUAGCGAUCGGUGGGGCUGUUUUUGGCAUCUGGGUCUACAAGAAAAGGAGACCUUGGUUGACAUGCCUGCUUAGCCUGUCACCAGGCCAGUCACACCAGAAUGAGGACGAUUCUCUGCUUGUUCCUUUAAAUGGUGAGAAGUCUCUAAAGCUCUGCUUUGAGUAUUUUCACGUUGACAUGGAUUCCAAGGUUCACAAGAGAUUCUUCCGGAGCUUGGAUCUGAGCGACAACGCAAUCAACGACGCAAACAACGAGGACCGCGUCUAUGAGCUGCUGGACGUAUGGCUGCAGAGGGAAGGCCAAGAAGCUAAACUCCACCAUCUGCUGCAAAAACUUAGGGAAUUGGAUCAGAACCGGACGGCAGACUCAAUCGUUACAAAGGCCAUCGCUAACGGGCACUAUAAAAGAUGGGGAUUUCACAUCCAUCGUAUUCGGGCAAAAGCGAUGAGUGAAUCAGACCUGGGGGGUCUUGCUUGGGGACUUUCUUGGGCUUUUCUGAAACUCCUUAAGAAAAAUAAAAUAAAGGUCCAACUGGAUAAAUGCGGUGAGGGGGGAAUUCCAAGAGGAGCAACUCCAUCGGAACAAACCCUGGGUGAUGGGGAUUCUCUUUUUCCUGUGUCCACCACUGUUUUCGUGGUGAACAUAAAACGUUUACUUACUUGUGAUAUGAGGUCAAAAGGUUCUCGUCUUCCUCGUUAUGUAGGAUAGAUUAAGCAAUUUUGUGAAACAAAAUAAGUGUUAAGUUGUAAACUAACUCUGAUUGCUCAAAGUUUUAUAACAAAUGGACUUAACACCCGGGAUACCCCAAUCUCAGGGAAAGCUACCGAGUGCUGCAUUGCGCAUGUAACAUUCACAGUGCUCACUCAAUAACAGAUAAAUAUCUGUGUGCAUCUAUAUUAUCAUAUUGAUACGUACAGAGACUGAAAUCUAGGAACCUAGCUCAACCUGCCUUCCUAAGCACUUUAAAAGCUUACUCAUGGGCAAUUGUGUCAGUUAACGCCUUCCAGUAUUAAACCUGAAGGUGAUGACGUAGUGCUCGCCUCUGAUGGAUACUCACCAUUCAGACCAAGCCGACGCAGAAUAGAGUUUCGUUAUAAUGACGACUCUGGGAUAGCCCAACGAGGCCUCCCAGAGCGUGGGUGACGAGCAAUGUGAAAAGACAGGGCUCUCUAUCAGGAGACUCCAUGACCUCACCUGCCUCACAAGAGGAUGCAUUCGUGCAAAAAAGUAUUUAUACAUUUGAUAUUUAUGGAACUUAUUUCACACAACGAGGGCCACAUUAAUCAAAUGUUUAGAAAUAUUUAUUUUUGUAAUGUUUUGUGUAUAAUCGAUGUGAUACAGCCCUGGGACAUGCUUUGUCCUUGUUCUAGUAGCCUUAUUUAUACCUUGAUACACAUGAAGAGUAUGAAUUUGGUACAACUGAAACACAUUUCAGUUCAUACUGUGCCUAUUUCCUGCCGAUAUCAUUCUUGGUAAUCGCUGUGAAUGAACAAAGGCGCCUUGUUGAACGAAUGAACAAUUCUACAUGUCUAACGUCCAUGAAGAAAUGGAAAUGUUCAAGCUCCGUUAGACGGUUGUGCUUCCAGCACACCCCUCUACGGUCGAUUUUACAACUUUGCAUUCACUACCCUGUGAACUGUGGAGUAAAAAAAACCUUUUGACAAACUUUCUUUUCCAUUUUUUUUUUUUUUUCGUAUUUAUCUCAUCAAACACGUGCUGUUGUUUUUUUUUAUCAAACGCUGUUGGAUAACAAAUUAGAGCAAAUUAAAUAAAGCUUUUUUCACCGAUGUGAUCUUGUAUGUCACGUUAUUGUUGAGGGCGGCUGCAUGGUCCUCUGACAUUGAACCGACUCGUGGGAAUCCCCGCCCAUGUAGAACAGUCGUGUUGUAAACUCUACAGAGCACUGUCCAGUCUUUAAAUCUUGGCCCCUGGAUUCAGACAGCUUCCUUUCUUAGUAAAUGUUCUACAGAAGUCUUAUGUGGUCAGUGUAUUGCCAUUUUUUCUUUCAUGUUAAAAAAGCGUGCUCACACUUAAGAACGCUAUGUAUUGUGUAUAGCGUAGGCAUGUAGGCCUACUCCUUGUGGUUCCAACAUGAACCAAAAAUCUAUUUUUAGAUGGAAGUCCCUUUGGAUAAAUUGGCCCCUUUUAUAAAAACUGAAGCAGGAGUAUCUAACAUCGGCCUACAUUUAGAUUUCAACAAUUGUUGUUUGGAGAUAUUUGUGUUGGAGAUUAAAGCCAAACCCUGACCUCCAUGAUGACCUGAACUCACUGCAAGCCAAACCCCUACCCCAUCAACAACCUCGUCCAAAAAGUCCAAGACCAGAAGUCACAGCAGUAGUUAAGUCACUAUUGUCCUGUGCCGUGUUCCAAUACCCGUA